AUGGUUCAGCAGUACAAAGUUGCCGACAUCACCCUUGCCGACUUUGGUCGUAAGGAGAUUGAGCUUGCCGAGAACGAGAUGCCUGGUCUCAUGACCUCCGGGAAAAGUACGGAAAGUCCAAGCCUCUUACCGACUGCUGUGUUGAUGGAGACUUUGAUUGUGCUCGGUGCUGAGAUUACUUGGACCUCUUGCAACAUCUUCUCCACACAAGACCACGCUGCCGCUGCCAUGGCUGCUGCUGGUAUCCCCGUGUUUGCCUGGAAGGGUGAGACUGAUGAAGAGUACAACUGGUGUCUUGAGCAGCAGUUGAAGGCGUUCAAGGAUGGCCAGCCACCAAACAUGAUCCUUGACGACGGUGGUGACCUUACUGGUCUCAUUCACGAAAAGUACCCUGAGCUCCUUGCUGGUAUCAAGGGUGUCUCUGAGGAAACCACCACUGGUGUCCACAACUUGUACCGUAUGUUGAAGGAGGGCAAGCUCAAGAUCCCCGCCAUCAACGUCAACGAUUCUGUUACAAAGUCCAAGUUUGACAACUUGUACGGUUGCCGUGAGUCCCUCAUUGACGGUAUCAAGCGUGCCACCGAUGUCAUGAUUGCUGGAAAGAUUGGUGUCGUCGCUGGUUACGGUGACGUUGGCAAGGGUUGUGCUGCCGCUCUCAAGGGUAUGGGUGCC